AAUUAUGAUUGAAGAAGAAUUCAUUAAAAUCUUUCAGAAUAGUGAUGUUGAAUUACAGACCAUCGAUCAAAAAUAAAUGUAUAAUAAACCAUUCUAUUUCUAAGUGAUCAAGAGAGUAUUCAAGAAUCAGCCUUAAGAAAAAUUAGAAUGAAAGAAUUGGCAAAUAUGUUAAAGGUAAAACUAAAGUUUUUAAAAAUGAAUAUUAGGAUCUUAGUUGGGAUGAUCGCUAUGAAUGGCUGCUAUAUUAAAAAAAUAAAGGAAAUAAGUUAUUUUAUUAAUAAUAAUACGAUCGAGCAAUUUAAGUGUAUUAUGAAAUGGCUUUAGGGUUGGAUUUGAAAAACACAGAAGAAAGAAAUGAAAUUAUGAAAUAGGAUUUCUAAUAUCCUAUAAUUUUUAAUCUAGCACUUUGUUACAAGAAAAAAAAAGAUUAUGAAAAAGCAUCUUAAUUUUACGAUAUGGUGAAUAGAUGAUUAAAUAUAUUUAGGGGAUAAAGUUACAUUCUAGUCCAAAGUAUAUUUUAAGAAGAGGAUAUUUCCAUUUUGAUAUCUAAGAAUAUGACAAAGUAUAAAAGGAUUUAAACUUGGUAACAAAUAUCAAUGCGUACCCCGAACUUUAAGAUGAUUAUUACGAUCUCAAAUAAAAAUUGAAUGAUGUCUUAAAAAAGGAUAAGGAAUUUUAUUAAAAGAUGUUCUAAUAACAUUAACAUUAAUAAGCAGAUGAAGAAUUAUCAAUGAAACAUUCUAAAUUUGAUUAAAUUUACGAAUGGUUUAAAAAUUAAUUUUCCCGUAUCUUUGGAUGUAGAAAAUUAUUUGAUGAUGAUGAAUCAGAAGAUGAUGAUGAAUCAGAUCCUAAGAAAUUUUUAGAGCAUAGAUGAUAGUAUUCAC